UAUACAGACUUGUGGGGCAGAUGGGUGAUGGAGAACAAUGAUAAUGUCUGGGUGUACAUGGACAUACCAACCUCAUAACCGGAAGGACUAUCUGCAAGCAGUCCAGGCGUUUGCAGUGCUGUCCUGCCUGUUUGCUGUGUUCUCUCUGUGCGUGUUCAUCUUCCAACUCUUUACUCUGGGUAAAGGAAAGCGGUUCACCAUCUCUGGAGUCGUGCAGCUCAUCUCCUGUUUCUGCAUCAUGGUGGCUCUGUCAGUCUAUACCGAUCACUUUCACAGAGACGAGAAGAAUGGCUGGUAUGUAUGCUGGUCCUACAUCAUGGCCUGGUUUGGGUGGCUGCUGACCCUCUUCACUGGAAUUAUGUACAUCAUCCUGCGCAAACGAGUGGAUUAA